ACUGAGCAUUAUUUAUUAUAAAUGAAAUGUUUUGAAAAUAUUUAUUUUUUAAAAAAUUAAUGUAAGAAUCUUAGAAUAUUUUAUAAUUACUAUUUAAUAUUAAAAAUAAAUGCAUUUUACUAAAUGUAUUUGUAGAUACUUCUAGAAAGACUCAUGGGCUUCUAUGAAAAGACUGCAUAGUAGUUUAUAUCAAAAUUUAAUUAAUAUACCUCAAGAUUAAUUACUGAUAACUAAAUCUUCAUUUAAACAAUUAAAUAAUACUAAAAAUAAGUAGAAUUAUGAAAUUUGAUAUUAAAUCUUUAAACAAAUAUUUCAGUGUUUACUUAAAAGUUGGUUUAGUUACGCUUUGUCUCGUUCCUCCAGCAGUUAUGGUAUGGAAGGAAAAAGUUAUGCAUAAAAUGGGAUAGUCAAUUAAAACAGACAUUGAAAGAGUUAACUCAAAAGGUAAAUCAAUUUAUGAAAUUCCUAAAAAGUACUCGCCUGAUGACAAAACAGUUCUUGUUUAAACGAAAACAAAAAUACUAAAUGGCUUAAACAAUAAAUUUAAAUAAGAUUAUGAUGAUGAAGAUGAUGAUGUAGAUUUUUUUUAAGAAGAUGAUAACUUAGAUGAAAUAGAGUGAUAAAGAUAUUUUUAGAUAUAUAUACAUACAUACAUAGAUACAUAAAAAAUAAAUUGAAUUUAGCAUUACGAAGUAAUAGAGUUUCAAAACAAAGAUUAACAUCACACAAACCUAUAUUAAAUAUAAUCUAUAUAACUAUUAUUUUUAAGUAGUUUAUUUAUAUAGUAUAUUAUCUUUAUUUUAAUAUUAUAAAUAAUAUUUUAUAAUAAUACUUUUAUGCAAAAUAAAUAAAUAAAUGACUAAAAUUCAUCUUUAAAAAUUACUUUAGCUAUUUAGUAAUUAAAUAUAUUUCUAAUGCAUUUUAUAUAAUAAAUUAAUCUAAGCAUAUUUUGAUUUUAAUUUUCUUACCAUCUAAAUUUAAAAAUACUGUAUAACCUAUUAAAUUGGGCAUUAGAUAUUUUGGGCAUAUGGAUAUAAUGGGCAUUUUUAAUUUAUAAAAAUUAAAAAUUAGGUCAAAUCAUUGAUUACUAUAAAAACAAACAAAAUAUGUUAAAUGUAAAUAAAUGUUAGUGAAUAAAUUAAUUAAACUGAUUAUUUUAUUUUUAUAUUAAUAAAUGUAAUUGAAUAAUAAGGAAACUUUAUGAACUGA